AGACAGGGAAGAAUUAUAAUGCUAAAUCUUUUACACUUUAUGACCCAGUAUUUCGCUACCCGUAUUUUUUAUCCCGUAUUUCCCAUUUUUGCAGUAGACGAAAAGCUCAUUCCAAGUGACAGUUCGAAAUUGCGAGAACGUUUUGAAUAGGCUUCUGGCUACUUUCUACAACAAGAAUUCUUUCAAUUUACAACAUAUAUGUACAUAAUAACUUAAUAGUUAUUAGCCGUUUUCAAAUUAACUACCGAAUAAUUGUUAGUGCUGAGUCAUGGAGUCCAUGAAUCCCAGAGAUAUAGUUCAAUGCCCAUACAACAAGGCUCAUACUAUGCUGCGCAAGAAACUUCAGCAACAUGUUAUGAAAUGCAAAGAAACAUACAAGGAUGAAAUCGAACUUUUAGUUUGUCCCUUCAACAAGACGCAUCUUCUACCAGCUGCUGAUUUUCAUCAACAUACCAAAUCAUGUGAAGAUCGUAAAAUCAUAAUGCACUAUCAGCUAAGUCAAGCUGCCGAGCUCAAUGAGGAGACAAAACAUGAGAAGAUCGAAGCGGAUGAGAAUUGGGAUGAUACCUCCGUCGAGAACUACAAUCCAAAUUUAUAUGCAUCGCAGGCGAACAUUGUGAGGGAGGCAAAUGGAUUGUUUCCUGCCCAGCGCAAGCAGUUCAUCAAGCAGGAACGUCGACGUAUCCUGGGCGAAGAUUACGAUGAUGUAAAGCCGCCAAAGGCAAGCAAAAUCAAAUAAUUCCAUUUUUAAAUAAAAAUGGAAAUGGAAUUUUAUGUAUUUGUAAUCCAAACCAAAGACAUUUUAUAUGUUUUUAAUAAAAUUUUAACAAAUAUAGAAAUUUAAUGUA